GUAUCAGCUCUAGGCAGGUCUCCCGCUCCGCAGCGCCGCUGCCGAGCCACCCGGCCGGCGCGCAGGCGCGCACGCACGCGGUUUGACCCGGCCGCCGGGCGCCCGGCCGAUAAAAGGCCCCGCGCGGCAGCUCCCUCCCACCCGGUUGCCACGCACACACUUCGCCACAGCAGCAACAAGCUAGACACACAACGUACCUGCGUACGUACGCUUUCCUUCUCCUUGCUUGCUCCGGCCGGCCGGCCACGUAGAAUAGAUACCUGGCCAGGUAGGUACCUCGUUGGCUCAGACGAUCGGUGGUUGGGCUCGGGCGCGCGCCUGUCCGGCUGAGGUGGCCGCCGUUCGCUCCGGCCAAGGAAAGAGGUUGCGCUCAGGACGGGCGGCGGGGAGCCAUGGCGGAGGACUACGAGUACCCCCCGGCGCGGACGCUGCCGGAGACGCCGUCCUGGGCGGUGGCGCUCGUCUUCGCCGUCAUGAUCAUCGUGUCCGUCCUCCUGGAGCACGCGCUCCACAAGCUCGGCCAUUGGUUCCACAAGCGGCACAAGAACGCGCUGGCGGAGGCGCUGGAGAAGAUCAAAGCGGAGCUGAUGCUGGUGGGGUUCAUCUCGCUGCUGCUCGCCGUGACGCAGGACCCAAUCUCCGGGAUAUGCAUCUCCGAGAAGGCCGCCAGCAUCAUGCGGCCCUGCAGCCUGCCCCCUGGUUCCGUCAAGAGCAAGUACAAAGACUACUACUGCGCCAAAAAGGGCAAGGUGUCGCUAAUGUCCACGGGCAGCUUGCACCAGCUCCACAUAUUCAUCUUCGUGCUCGCCGUCUUCCAUGUCACCUACAGCGUCAUCAUCAUGGCUCUAAGCCGUCUCAAAAUGAGGACAUGGAAGAAAUGGGAGACAGAGACCGCCUCCUUGGAAUACCAGUUCGCAAAUGAUCCUGCGCGGUUCCGCUUCACGCACCAGACGUCGUUCGUGAAGCGUCACCUGGGCCUCUCCAGCACCCCCGGCAUCAGAUGGGUGGUGGCCUUCUUCAGGCAGUUCUUCAGGUCGGUCACCAAGGUGGACUACCUCACCCUGAGGGCAGGCUUCAUCAACGCGCAUUUGUCGCAUAACAGCAAGUUCGACUUCCACAAGUACAUCAAGAGGUCCAUGGAGGACGACUUCAAAGUCGUCGUUGGCAUCAGCCUCCCGCUGUGGUGUGUGGCGAUCCUCACCCUCUUCCUUGAUAUUGAUGGGAUCGGCACGCUCACCUGGAUUUCUUUCAUCCCUCUCGUCAUCCUCUUGUGUGUUGGAACCAAGCUGGAGAUGAUCAUCAUGGAGAUGGCCCUGGAGAUUCAGGACCGGGCGAGCGUCAUCAAGGGGGCGCCCGUGGUUGAGCCCAGCAACAAGUUCUUCUGGUUCCACCGCCCCGACUGGGUCCUCUUCUUCAUACACCUGACGCUGUUCCAGAAUGCGUUUCAGAUGGCACAUUUCGUCUGGACAGUGGCCACGCCCGGCUUGAAGAAAUGUUUCCAUAUGCACAUCGGGCUGAGCAUCAUGAAGGUCGUGCUGGGGCUGGCUCUUCAGUUCCUCUGCAGCUAUAUCACCUUCCCCCUCUACGCGCUCGUCACACAGAUGGGAUCGAACAUGAAGAGGUCCAUCUUCGACGAGCAGACGGCCAAGGCGCUGACCAACUGGCGGAACACCGCCAAGGAGAAGAAGAAGGUCCGAGACACGGACAUGCUGAUGGCGCAGAUGAUCGGCGACGCAACGCCCAGCCGAGGCACGUCCCCGAUGCCUAGCCGGGGCUCAUCGCCAGUGCACCUGCUUCACAAGGGCAUGGGACGGUCCGACGAUCCCCAGAGCGCGCCGACCUCGCCAAGGACCAUGGAGGAGGCUAGGGACAUGUACCCGGUUGUGGUGGCGCAUCCCGUGCACAGACUAAAUCCUGCUGACAGGCGGAGGUCGGUCUCUUCGUCGGCACUCGAUGCCGACAUCCCCAGCGCAGAUUUUUCCUUCAGCCAGGGAUGAGACAAGUUUAUGUAUUGAUGUUAGUCCAAUGUAUAGCCAACAUAGGAUGUCAUGAUUCGUACAAUAAGAAAUACAAAUUUUUACCGA